CGAUGCUCUUGGAAAAGCAGGCGAUCCCAUUGAGAAAAUUUCAGUCGCGUCAAGCUUGAAGCGAGUGUAAAACCCAGUGGAGCUCACAAAGGCAGCUUGUUUUUUCUUUGGGAUUUACCGAGCUGUCUUUUUUAUUCCAAGAAAGGAUUUCAUCACCGUCGGGCGAGGACAUCAUCCGUGUGAUUUUGGUGGGCCCACCCCCUUUAUCCCCUGUUAUUUCCAUUUUACCAGCCCGCUGCAGCCUCUUGGGCCGCGGUGACAAGCAAGUGACAUGGACAGGUUUUACGACCAGCAGGUCCCUUUGAUGGUGCCUCCUAAUAAGUCUCAUAUGCAGGAACCGACAUACAGGCCUUUCAGUGACCGAAAGAGGAAGUUUGUUGACACAGAGCUGGCACAGGAUACAGAGGAGCUCUUUCAAGAUCUGAGCCAGCUACAAGAGAUCUGGAUUGCAGAAGCUCAGGUACCAGAUGAAGAACAGUUUGUUCCAGAUUUCCAGUCGGAUAACUUGAUGUUUCAUGGACCCCCUCAAACAAAAGUGAAGAGGGAACUGAGUCCAGGCAGGGAGUUUUCCCAAUGUGGACAAGAGCAAAGACUCUCUCCCUAUGGAGAGAAGUGCCAUUAUAACUACAGUGCCUUUGACAGGAAGCCAUUUUCUUUUAACAAGCCCUUGACGCCCCCCUCCACUCCGGCAUCGCCCUUUGGCUCCUCCGCCAGUGCAGCGACACACCCUCUGCCAAAAAGAGUGAUGCCUCCAGCACAAACCCAGUCACAUGGGCCACCACUAUUGCCUGGCUCCUCCCACCGCUCCACGCCACCCCAUCAGAGAGCACAGGCUCCUCUCCACAGUCAAAACCCACCUUUUGCUGUGCCCUGCCCACCUGGCAAACACCCAGAAGCCUCGUACAACACGGAACACAGGUUCCACCGGCAACUUUCUGAGCCCUGUCUGCCCUUCCCGCAAUCAGAUGGCCGUUGUCAGACACCUUACCCCCCACAGAGCCCUAACCACUUUCACCGGAAUAGCCGGCCCCCGUACCACCGGCAGAUGUCUGAACCAAUGGUGCCCAUGCCUCCCCACGGCUUCAAAAAGGAGAUUGUGGAUCCUCGCUACAAUGACCAGUGUGAACAGAGCAUGGGUCCUCCUCGCGCCCCGCUGUUCCACCAGAUGUCAAUCAAACAGGAGCCCAGAGACUUUGGCUUUGACUCGGAAGUACAAAACUGCCAGUCAUCUUUUGGCAAAUCAGGAAACUUCUAUGGAGCAAAUAAUGAGGGUUUUGCGUAUGACGGAGAGUCCCACCUCUAUUACGACGAUGCAUGUGUGGUUCCAGACAGGCUGGAAGGAAAGCUAAAGCAGGAAGGUGGGAUGAUCAGGGAGGGUCCGCCAUACCAACGGAGGGGAUCUUUGCAACUCUGGCAGUUUUUGGUCACUCUGCUGGACGACCCAGCCAACAGCCCCUUCAUCGCUUGGACCGGGCGUGGACUUGAGUUUAAACUCAUAGAACCGGAGGAGGUUGCUCGACGUUGGGGUAUCCAGAAGAACAGGCCUGCGAUGAACUAUGACAAGCUGAGCCGCUCGCUGCGUUACUAUUACGAGAAGGGCAUCAUGCAGAAGGUAAAGGUUGCUGGAGAACGGUACGUGUAUAAGUUUGUGUGUGAUCCAGAUGCCCUCUUCUCCAUGGCGUUCCCUGACAACCAGAGACCCAGUCUGAAGGCCGAUCCCGAAAGUCUGCAAGUUCCAGAGGACGAUACUGUUCCACUCUCUCACUUUGAAGAGCCUAACAGUGUCGCCUAUCCAGGAGAACCCAGGGACCAGUGCUUAGCGGGGCCAUCUUUUCCUGACAAUUACGUAUACUGAACUGUCACGACCCCCUCGAAACUACCGCUGAGCGGACCAGAAGAACUCCUAAGAUGCAUUCUCGCACUCCAAAAGCAGCUCACGUCAAAUUGUAAUCACUGAGGAAUCUGUAGCGCCUGCCCACGAGUCUUUAGACUUGCUUGCCACACUUUUAACUGUUUGUUUUACUACACAGGUUCCAUGUUGAAAACGCAUGGAGCUUUUUUUAUAAGUAAACAAAGAGGGACACAACAGUAUUUUCAGUAUAAUCUCUGAUUUUAUAUGUAUAAAUACAUGUAUAUUUUAAAAUAUGGCUUUUGUGCACUGCUUUCUUUGUGUAUUGGGCAUGGUGUCUUUCAAUGCUCUAUUUCAAGUGAGUUUUGUAGAAUACUUGCAUACAAUGCAUAAUGAUGAACCAUGGUUUUUAUUAUAAGCUAAAAAAAUUCUCCAGCUGGCCAAGUAAAAUGCUUUAUAACAGUUCAGAAAUGGUUAUUUACACUGCUCUGCUUUUGUAAUGUGAUUUUUAUGGAUUUGGGGGAGGGUGGUACGGGUACUGAAAAGUGGAAUCUAUGUAUAUUAUGAGUAUAUUUUUGCAAAGGCUGCAUUGAAUUGCAUUGUAUAAGCUGUACAACAGACGUUUGUUCAAAUAUGUUCUUUUUGUACGGUGACUUGUGCGAAUUUGCAAACCAACUCUUGAUAUAGAGAAAAAUCAAAGCUGAAAAGCCUCUUGUUUACCAAAGGAUUAUGGCAAGGCAGUCUGAUCUCUGUUCAGUAGUAAACAAAGCAUGUCAAGCAGAUUCCCAGCUCUUUCCACCUUCACUGUCAAACUUAUUUGUCUGGGUACAACAGACCCCUAGUUCUGUUUCACAGUGGAUAAAACUGUUGUCACGUCUUUUGAAGACAAUUUCUAUCGUUAUAAAGUUUCAAGUACAGUUUUGGUGUACAAUUACAGAUAUGUAUUUUCUAAACUAUCAUAUGGUACAGAAUAAAUAAUAAAACCUUC